CCGGUCGUAAUUCGUAAACGGAGAGGAUCUGAUCCAGGCUUUCGAGUCGAGUCCCUCCAAAAUCAACAUUCAACAUUUCAACAACCACCACUACCACCCAAACCCAAUCUCCAUCUUCUUCUUCUUCUUCUCUUCUCUCUCACACAGCAGCGAGUGAGAGAGAGAGAGAGAGAGAGAAACGAAAGCAACGAUGCAAUCCAGAUUGAGAGCCAUAACCACCAUAACCGCCAGAACCUUCUCGACCUCAACAACAACAACAGCGCUGCCCUCUGAAUUCCCCAAAACCCUAGAUGGCCUUCGGGCUCGGCUGGCUCGUGAAUCUCCCACGCUAUCGGACUUCGUGUACUCCGUCGAAGUCGGCACCAAGAAGAAACCCCUGCCCAAGCCUAAAUGGAUGAAGGAGGCCGUACCGGGAGGCGAAAAGUACGUCCAGAUCAAGAAGAAGCUCCGUGAGCUCAAACUCCACACCGUUUGCGAAGAGGCCAGGUGUCCUAACCUCGGCGAAUGCUGGUCUGGCGGCGAAACCGGCACCGCCACCGCCACUAUCAUGAUCCUCGGCGAUACCUGCACCCGCGGCUGCCGGUUUUGCAAUGUGAAGACGUCACGGACACCUCCCCCGCCUGACCCGAAUGAACCGGGGAAUGUGGCAGAGGCAAUUGCGUCGUGGGGUUUGGAUUAUGUGGUGAUUACGAGUGUGGACCGGGAUGAUUUGCCUGACCAAGGGAGUGGGCAUUUUACUGAGACAGUGCAGAAGUUGAAGGCAUUGAAGCCGAAUAUGCUGAUAGAAGCCUUGGUUCCUGAUUUUCGAGGAGACCCUGGCUGUGUAGAGAAAGUUGCUAAAUCAGGACUAGAUGUCUUUGCUCAUAAUAUUGAAACGGUUGAAGAGCUUCAGAAUUCUGUACGUGAUCACCGUGCUAAUUUCAAGCAGUCGUUAGAUGUUCUAGUGAUGGCCAAGGACUAUGCUCCUGCUGGAACACUUACCAAAACUUCAAUAAUGUUAGGCUGUGGAGAAACACCCGAGCAAGUUGUCAGAACUAUGGAGAAGGUAAGAGCAGCAGGUGUGGAUGUGAUGACAUUUGGUCAGUACAUGAGACCAUCAAAGCGCCAUAUGCCAGUGUCUGAAUACAUUACACCUGAGGCUUUUGAGAAGUAUCAAACUCUUGGCACAGAAAUGGGAUUUCGAUACGUUGCAUCUGGUCCUAUGGUUAGAUCUUCAUAUAAAGCAGGUGAAUUCUACAUCAAAUCCAUGAUUGAAUCAGAUCGGGCUAGUUCUUCACAGCUUCCUGUUUCUUGAUGAGUAUUUUUUCCCUCUUACAUAUAAUAUUAUAAAUUCAUCACUUCCCGUGUAUUGUUUGAGUCAUAAUUACUUGGGCUUAAGCUCAAUCAGCUUUAGUACUUUUCUAAAGUGAAAUGGUUAGGACUAAUAUAGAAAAGAAGGCUAUUCUUCUUGGGUGCCAAAUUCUUUAUGGUAUGACCUUGAAAUUUUGUGGACACUUCUCUGUAAUCCUAACCUGAUUUUGUACAUCCAAUUUGUUGUAUAAUUAUUCAAUUUUGUUCUGCUGUUC